AAAGUGUAAUUUUGAAUAUGUAGUGAAUAUUUAUUUGAAAUUUGUGAUAUAAACACAUAUAGUUCGUUGGCAUCUCUGCUUCACACCACUCCCUUUCUUCGGCGGGGUGUGUGUGCGUGUGUGCGCGUCAAAAAUAAACAAAUGGUAACUUCUGAGGCAGCGACGCAACGUCUGCGCCCUGACUGAUGGCGAUCGGGUGCUGGCGCGGAUGAGCUGGAUCCCAAGAUGCAACUGCAACCGAUGACGGUGGAUGGGGGAUGGGGAAUGGGGUACGGGCACGGCAGUUGGACUAUUUAUGAUGUAUUUCUCGGUUAAUUAGUUGCAGCUGAACGCAGCGAAAUGGGUGUGGGAAUGGGAAUGAGUAUUGGAAUGGAAUUGGGAUCGGGAAUGCUUCCGCAUGCAUUUGCUAGACAUCAACCCAGUCAUCUUCAGUCGACCAGAAGAAAGUGCGUGGCUGGAGGGCUCAGGGCCCUGGGUAUUUUUGCUAUAUUUGGAUAUUGCGCCGCUUGAUCGGUGAUGGAUGCCUGCGCCUUUUCAUCAUUUAUCUUCGAGUGCAGCGGGCUAAUGGAACUGCAAUGCGUUCCAGGAACUGGAGCGGAACGAUGACGAUGACGACGACGAUGGUCAUGAUGACACUGCACCCUGGCAGACAGUUUGGUUAAUUUCGGGUGGAGUAAUUAAGCAAACGACUACUCAGUUAUAAAAGCCCCGACUUGCAGAUUGGAUUACCCCUGGCAUUGCGAAUAAUGUUCAGCCAACAACUAAAUGUAUUUUUUCUGCUCCUCCCGAUCGCUUGGGUUGUGGGCAGAACCAUUUCACCCGAUUUGGAUGAGGACUGCGAACUUAAUGCUGUCGAUACAAUGCAUGAUUUUUGCUGCGACCUGCAUGACGAGUUCAGCGACUGCCAGAUGGAAUGGCACUAGAAUAUCUCCUACGAGACGGACGAAGAGGAGCAGAUCUACAUGUUUUGCGCUGCAGAGUGCAGUUUCAACAACACAGAGUUUGUGGGCAGGGAUCGCCGUUCGCUGAAUCUUUUCCAGGUAAAGGAGAAUUUGGAAAACUAUCUGGUUAAUGAUGCGGAUGUGUCGCUCCUCUAUGACACCUACAUCAAGUGCGACAAAAAUGCGCUUUCGCUUAUGCCGCACAAGGGAGUCAAGCAGUUGGCCAGACGCCUCUCCCAUCCGUAUCCGGGUUUGGUUUUCGAGUGCGUGGCCAACAAGAUGAUCCUCCACUGUCCCGCCAAGUGAUUUUAUCAGACAGCCCAGUGCGAAGAGACCCGCAAUCAUUUGAAGCAAUGCAUGCAGUACCUGAAGUACAAGUCCUAA